GGUGGACGAGCAUUAUACUAGCCGAGCCCACCAUGAAGCUGUUAGCGAUUGUCUUGUGCACGGUGGUGGCGCUGGCCGCGGCGGAGGAGCCCAUCGAGCUCGACUACCAUGAGAACGUUGGUAUCCCGAAGGCCGAGGCCCUCAAGCAGGCGGAGCUGGCGGCCGACUUCGACGGCUCCAGGAUCGUCGGUGGGUCGCCGGCCGCUCUCGGCGCAUACCCGUACAUGGGCGGGCUGGUGAUCGCGCUGACGGACGGGCGCACUUCGGUGUGCGGCUCCUCCCUUUUGUCCAACACGAUCCUGGUGACGGCGGCGCACUGCUGGCGCACGCGCAACGCCCAGGCGAGCCGGUUCACCGUCGUGCUGGGCUCCGAGCGCCUCUUCUCCGGCGGCACGCGCAUCAACACCAACCGCGUCGAGAUGCACGGCAGCUACAACAUGAACACCUUGCACAAUGACGUCGCUAUAAUCACCAUCAGUUCCGUCAGCUACAAUAACAACAUCCGCAACAUCGGCCUCGCGUCCGGCAGCAACGACUACGCCGGCACCUGGGCCUGGGCCGCAGGCUUCGGUCUCACCUCGGAUGGUGGAAACAUCGCCAACAACCAGUUCCUGUCGCACGCGCGCCUGCAGGUGAUCACCAACAACGUGUGCCGGCAGACGUUCGGCGCCAUCACCGUCAUCUCGUCCACGCUCUGCGUCAGCGGCGCCAACCGCAUCAGCACCUGCAGCGGAGACUCGGGCGGCCCGCUCGCCGUCGGCAACACUCUCAUCGGUGUGACGUCGUUCGGCUCGACCCGCGGCUGCCAACAAAACCUGCCCGCCGGCUUCGCUCGCGUCACCUCCUUCAACGCCUGGAUCAGAGCCCGCAUGUGAACUUUCAAACCGUUUAAUGGAUUACCAAUAAAACGAAUCAUUUAAUAUCA